AUGGCCCACUCAACGCGCUUCGCAGUUCUCGCCUUCGCCACGCUCCUCCUCGCGCUAGUCCCCGCGCAUGCGGCGCCCGCCGCCGCCGCCGCCGCCGCCGCCCCGCGCUGCGCGCUCACGGGGCUUGCGCCGAAGAAGCCCGUCGUUCCGCCGCACCGGUGCCCUGCGGCGGCGGAGCUGUCGUGCUGCGCGGACUGCGUGGACACGAAUCAAGCGCUGCAGUUCGUCUCGUCAACCCUUGACGAUCUUGGUCAAAUGAUGAACACCUGGGAUCUCUUUGGCGGCACCGCGCGGGGCGGUCUGAUAUACCAGUUCUACCCCGACGUUCAAAGCCUGAUGGACUAUGUGGCUCUCUACGCCUCGAAUUUCGCCUAUUUGAUGACUCUUGAAUAUCAGACCUUCAAUAUCACCAUCGCUCCUGGUGCAUGCUUCUCGGGAGCCGCAGCCGCGCCAACCUACACCCCCUGCUGCGACCCCCUCACCGUCGACCCCAAAUGUCCCCGCGGCGCUGUUGACAAAGUCAAGUACGCGCAUUACAUCAACCGCACCAUCAACUCCACCGCCUUCUGGGGCUGUUUCCGCCGCUUCGCUGAUGUCAGUGGUGGCUCUUGUGGUUGGCGCGGCAGCAGUGAUCGCGUAAAUGAAGCCGCCAUGCCAGGCGCGGGAAGCGGCGGGGGAGGGGGAGGGGGAGGGGGAGGGCUGCGCGUGAGCACGCUGAACGGCGUGAAGGUGUACAACGUGUCGGGCGGCAAGGCCGUGCCCGAGUGGAUUUCGGACAAGAAAAAGCGCGCUCUCAGGAAGGACGAAGACUACCUGCGGCGCAUCGAGCUCAUUCAGGACCUCGAGUUCAAAGUCGCCUCCACGCGGAUCAAGGCGUCCCGUGACGGAAAAUACCUCCUCGCUUCAGGCGUGUACCCCCCUCAGGUGCGGGUGUACGAGCUGGCAGAGCUGUCCCUCAAGUUUGAGCGCAAUCUGGACUCGGAAAUUGUUGACUUUCAGGUGCUCACAGACGACUACAGCAAGAUUGCCUUUCUGUGUGCCGACCGCUCCGUGUGCUUCCAUGCUAAGUUUGGAGCUUACUUCAAGACACGCAUCCCCAGGAUGGGCCGUGGAUUGGCGUACGACCCAGCAUCGUGUGACCUGCUGCUUGCUGCUUCCUCGCCUGAAAUUUACCGGAUCAACUUGGAGCAGGGUCAGUUCCAGCAGUCGCUGCAGUCGCGGUCGCCAGCAGUGAAUGUGAUCGGUCGCAGCCCCUCCCACGGGCUCGUUGCAUGUGGAGGGGAGGACGGUGCCUUGGAGUGCUUUGACAACCGCCAGGCCUCCGCCGUGUCUCGCAUUGAUGCCGUUGGCGCUACUGGGAAUGCCGAGCAGCAAGUGACAGCAGUGCGAUUUGAAGACACGGAGGGCAUGCAUUUGGCUGUCGGCACAAGCACAGGGCAGGUGUUGCUGUACGACCUUCGCUCCUCCAAGCCCUAUCGGAUCAAGGACCACAUGUACGGCAGUCCCAUUCACAGCAUCAAGUGGCACAGAGGCAUAGCGGGGUCAUCACAGCACAUCAUCUCAACAGACAAGCGCAUCAUUAAGAUCUGGACCCCCACCACGGACUCCAACGUGACGAGUGUGGAGCCAACCGAACCGGGAGGAAUCAACGACGUGUGUGUGAUGCGCGGCAGUGGGCUGAUCGUGGCAGCCAUGGACUCGCCCCGCCUGCAGGCAUACUUCAUCCCCUCUCUCGGUCCAGCGCCACGUUGGUGCUCCUUCUUGGAAAAUAUCACUGAGGAGUUGGAGGAGGGUGGAGCGGCAAUGUACGAUGAUUACAAGUUUGUGACACGGGAGGAACUGAACGCACUGAGGCUCACAGAGCUUCUAGGGACUAACCUGCUGCGGCCCUUCAUGCAUGGGUUCUUCCUGCACUCGCGGCUCUACCACAAGGCGAAGUCCAUAGCAGACCCGUUCGCGUGGGACGCGUAUCGGCAGCAGAAGGUGAAGGAGAAGAUUGAAGCACAGAGGGCCAGUCGCAUUUCGGUGCAAAAGAAGCUCCCCAAGGUGAACGCCAAGCUGGCCGCGCAGCUGAUGCAACAGAGUGGGGCAGAGGCGGCAAGGGAGGAGGGAGGGGAGGACGAGGAGGACGAGGAGGAGGAAGGGGCGGGUGGGAAGGCGCGGAAGCAGCGCAAGGCUGCUGCCAGCGCUCUAGCCGACCCUCGCUUCGCCUCGCUGUUCACUGAUCAGGCUUUCCAAGUGGAUGAGGACUCUCAAGAGUACAUGGCUCUGCAUGGGGGCAUGCGGGGAGGAGCGGAGGAGAGGCGGCAGCAGCAAAAGCGGGAUAAGGAGCUUCUAGAGGAGCAUUUCGAAAUGGUGGAAGGGGAAGAGGAGGAGGAUGAUGAGGAUGAGGAUGAGGGAGAGGAGGCGGGAGAGGAAGAGGAUGAGGAUGAGGGAGAGGAGGAGGGGGAUGAGGAGGAGGAGAGGGGUGGAAGCGGGAAGAGGAGGUUGGUGCAGGGAGGAAAGGAGGAGGGUGUGUCACGGAAGAGAGGGGCCAAGGAGCCAAGGCUCUACGAAGCGAGAGACGACGUGCAUGCAGCAGCCUUCAGAAACCGCCAAAGCCUCGCCGCCCAGAAGAACCUGCCCCUGGAGGAGAGAAUCGCACAGCUCCCGCAUUCGUCUGCUAGCGGCCAAGGCGCCGCUCAUGGCGUUCCUGUAAGGAGGGCGGGCGGCGCGGUGGAGUUUACUGUUUCGAUGCA